AGAGACUUCUUAAAUGCAUAAAACCCCAUCCAGAUGACGUCACAUUCACCCAUUGGUUUAGAAGGCUCAGACCUGUCUUCCAUCAACACCAUGAUGUCAGCAGUAAUGAGCGUAGGGAAUGUCACUGAGAAUGGUGGGAGCCCCCAGGGCAUCAAGUCCCCUAUGAAGCCUCCAGGACCAAAUCGGAUUGGCAGAAGGAACCAGGAGACGAAAGAAGAGAAGUCCUCUUAUAACUGUCCCCUAUGUGAAAAGAUUUGCAACACCCAGCACCAGCUGACCAUGCACAUCCGUCAGCACAACACAGAAACCGGAGGAGCUGACCACUCAUGCAGCAUCUGUGGGAAGUCACUGAGCUCUGCCAGCUCCCUGGAUCGUCACAUGCUGGUGCACUCUGGUGAAAGGCCUUACAAAUGCACAGUGUGUGGUCAGUCUUUCACCACCAAUGGGAACAUGCACAGACAUAUGAAGAUUCAUGAGAAGGACAGCGGCAAUGCUACAGCUGCAGCCCCUCCAUCCCCUCUAAAGCGUAGGCGGCUAUCCGCCAAACGGAAACUGAGUCAUGAUGCCGAGUCAGAGAGAGAAGACCCAGCACCAGCAAAAAAGAUGGUAGAAGAUGGGCAGUUGGGUGAUUUGGAGAAGACAGCUGAUGAAGUCUUUCACUGCCCAGUGUGCUUCAAGGAGUUUGUUUGCAAGUAUGGACUAGAGACCCACAUGGAGACCCAUUCAGAUAACCCAUUAAGAUGUGAUAUUUGCUGCGUAACCUUCCGCACACAUCGGGGACUACUGCGCCACAAUGCACUUGUCCACAAGCAGCUUCCCAGAGAUGCCAUGGGAAGGCCUUUCAUCCAGAACAACCCUUCGAUUCCUGCUGGCUUCCAUGAUUUAGGGUUUACUGAUUUCUCCUGUAGGAAGUUUCCUCGGAUUUCUCAGGCCUGGUGUGAAACAAACCUACGGAGGUGCAUCAGCGAGCAACACCGGUUCGUGUGUGACACCUGCGACAAGGCAUUCCCUAUGCUGUCCUCACUCAUCCUGCACAGGCAGACCCACAUCCCUGCUGAUCAGGGCCGGGAGAAGCUCCAGACCAAGACCCUGGCUGGUGAUACCCUGGACCAGAAGGUCUUCAUGACCUUUCUGGGCCUGCAGCACACCAAAGAUGUCAGGCCUACACCUCCAGAGGAGUCCCUGCCGGAUGACAACCAAGCAAUACAGCUUCAAACACUCAAGUGCCAGCUACCUCAGGACCCUGGAUGCACCAAUGUGCUGAGUCUGUCUCCUUUUGAAGCUGCUUCUUUAGGUGGUUCUCUGACAGUUCUCCCAGCUACCAAGGAGAGCUUGAAGCAUCUCUCCCUGCAGCCCUUCCAGAAGGGUUUCAUCAUCCAGCCAGACAGUAGUAUUGUGGUUAAGCCUAUUUCAGGAGAGUCAGCCAUUGAGCUAGCAGAUAUCCAACAGAUUCUAAAGAUGGCAGCUUCAGCUCCACCACAAAUCAGUCUUCCGCCACUUUCCAAGGCUCCUGCCACCCCCCUUCAGGCAAUUUUCAAACACAUGCCUCCUUUGAAGCCAAAGCCCUUGGUCACACCCCGGACAGUAGUAGCCACAUCUACACCCCCACCUCUCAUCAAUGCACAGCAGGCAUCCCCAGGCUGUAUCAGCCCGAGCCUUCCACCACAAUCGCUGAAGUUCCUCAAGGGGUCAGUUGAGGUUGCCUCCGGCGUUCACCUGCUGCAGUCCAAGUCUGGGGUCCAGUCCAACGCCACCACACAGCUCUUCCUGCAGCAACCUGGGGUAGAGUUGCCAGGCCAGCCCGAGAUGAAGACACAGCUAGAACAGGACAGCAUCAUCGAGGCCCUGCUGCCCCUAAACAUGGAGGCAAAGAUCAAACAGGAGAUAACAGAGGGCGACCUCAAAGCCAUCAUGACAGGCCCCAGUGGCAAAAAGACCCCCGCCAUGCGCAAGGUUCUCUACCCCUGCCGCUUUUGUAACCAGGUGUUUGCUUUCUCUGGAGUUCUGCGCGCCCAUGUUCGCUCCCACCUGGGCAUCUCGCCCUAUCAAUGCAACAUCUGCGACUAUAUCGCUGCAGACAAGGCCGCUCUUAUCCGCCACCUUCGCACACACAGCGGGGAACGGCCCUAUAUCUGCAAGAUCUGCCACUACCCAUUCACAGUCAAGGCCAAUUGCGAGCGGCACCUGCGCAAGAAGCACCUCAAGGCCACCCGAAAGGACAUCGAAAAGAACAUAGAGUACGUGAGCAGCAGUGCAGCGGAGCUGGUGGAUGCCUUCUGCUCCCCAGAGACCGUGUGUCGGCUGUGCGGUGAGGAUCUGAAGCACUACCGUGCCCUGCGCAUGCACAUGCGCACACACUGCAGCCGAGGCCUGGGUGGCUGCCACAAAGGCCGCAAACCCUUCGAGUGCAAGGAAUGCAAUGCCACCUUUGCAGCCAAGCGCAACUGUGUCCAUCACAUCCUCAAGCAGCACCUGCACGUGCCCGAGCGUGACAUCGAGAGCUACGUGCUUGCCACAGACAGUGGCCUUGGCCCCACUGACGCGCCCACAGAGGCCUCUGCCAGAGGAGAAGGGGGCAGCUGCAUUGCUUUUGGUGAGUGCAAGCCCCUCGCCACUUUCCUGGAGCCCCAAAAUGGCUUUCUUCACACAAGCCCCACCCAGCCCUUGCCUUCCCACAUCUCAGUAAAGUUGGAGCCAGCCAGCAGCUUUGCAAUGGACUUCAACGAACCCCUUGACUUUUCACAGAAGGGCCUGGCGCUGGUCCAAGUGAAACAGGAAAAUGUGUCCUCCUUGCCGAACUCUUCCUCCUAUGACUGCUCCAUGGAACCCAUUGACCUAUCCAUCCCCAAGAGCAUAAAGAAAGGAGACAAGGACACAGUUGUGCCUAGUGACACCAAGAAACCAGAACCAGAAUCUGGGAAAACUGAGCAGCUCUCUCCCUGCCCGUUGCCCUGCCCUACCUUGUCAGUGACUGUGGAGCCCAGAGGGAGCCUGGAAAACCCCACGGGCACUGUAGUGGCCAUCACCACCACUGCCAACCUGGAACCCCACACUCAGCCUCUCCAGGGCUCCGUGCAGCUGGCUGUCCCCAUCUAUUCCUCGGCUCUCAUCGGCAGCCCUCCCCUUUUGGGCAACCCUGCCCUCUUGAACAACCCAGCCUUGCUUCGGCCCUUACGGCCGAAGCCUCCCCUCCUCUUGCCAAAGCCCCCGGUGACAGAGGAGCUUCCCCCACUGGCUUCCAUUGCACAGAUCAUCUCAUCUGUGUCCUCUGCCCCUACUCUGCUGAAAACGAAGGCUGCUGACCCUGGCCUGUCCAUCACCAGCAGUACCACUGUGGCCACAGACAGCUUAGGAAGCUCCAUCCCCAAAGCUAUCACCACCCCCACUGACAUCACAAGCCCUAAAGAAUCCAGUGACCCACCCCCUACAGCCAGCAGCCCAGAGGAAGCCUUGCCUACUGAGCAAGGGUCAUCCAGCUCAUCGAGGAAGAGGGGUAGGAAAAGGGGAAUGAGAAACCGGCCCAUCACCAACAGCAGUGGUGUGGACCUGGACUCCAGUGGGGAGUUUGCUAGCAUCGAGAAGAUGCUGGCCACCACAGAUACCAACAAAUUCAGUCCAUUUCUGCAGACUGCAGAAGAUGAUGUUCAGGAUGAGGUGUCUGCAGCCCCUGCAGACCACCAUGGGCCCAGUGAUGAGGAGCAGGGUAGCCCUGCAGAAGACAGGCUGCUGAGAGCAAAGCGGAACUCCUACGCCAACUGCCUGCAGAAGAUCAACUGCCCCCACUGUCCCCGGGUCUUCCCUUGGGCCAGCUCCCUCCAGAGGCACAUGCUCACACACACUGGUCAGAAACCCUUCCCUUGUCAAAAAUGCGAUGCCUUCUUUUCUACCAAAUCUAACUGUGAACGCCACCAGUUGCGCAAACAUGGAGUUACCACCUGCUCCCUGAGAAGAAACGGGCUUAUUCCCCCAAAAGAGGGUGAUGUUGGAUCCCAUGAUAGCACAGACAGCCAGUCAGACACAGACACAUUGACCACCCCAGGGGAGGUGCUGGAUCUCACAGCACGGGAUAAAGAGCAGCCACCAUCAGAGGGAGCAGUGGAGCUCAGCCCUGUCACACAGGACCUCACUGUCAAAGAGGCCAACGCCGCCGAGUUAGCCCCCCCUGAGACCGAGGAAGAAAAGAGUGAAGAAGGGAAGGCAGAGGAAGAGUGCAGCAUGGAAGAGAACACUGGGGACGCAGAUGCGCCGGAGGACGACACCGCCAGCAACCAGAGCCUGGAUCUUGACUUUGCCAGCAAACUGAUGGACUUCAAGCUGGCAGAGAGUGAGGCAGGCGCUGUGGACAGCCAAGGCACCGCCCAGCAGGACCAGAAGCAUACCUGCAAUACCUGUGGAAAGAACUUCAAGUUCCUGGGUACCCUAAGCCGCCACCGGAAGGCGCACGGCUGCCGGGAACCCAAGGAGGAGAAGGAGACGCCUUUGCUGGACGAUGACAGUGCUGGCAGAGCAAUGGAGGGGCCCUCACCUUCCCCCGAGCCUGAGGAGAAGCCUGCCGAAUCUCCAGCAAUAGACUCAGUGGAGAAACAGAGUGAGGAGACAGAGGGUCCCUCUGAUGGGGAAGGUACAACCGAGAAGAGGGGUGACAGUGACAAGAGACCAAAGGCAGACUCCCCGAAAAGCAUGGCCAGCAAGGCAGACAAGAGGAAGAAGGUUUGCAGCGUGUGCAACAAGCGCUUUUGGUCCCUGCAGGACCUCACCCGGCACAUGAGAUCACACACGGGAGAAAGGCCAUACAAGUGUCAGACCUGUGAGCGAACCUUCACCUUAAAGCACAGCCUAGUGCGACACCAGCGGAUCCACCAGAAAGCCAGGCACAGCAAACACCAUGGAAAAGACAGCGACAAGGACGAUCGGGCUGAGGAGGACAGUGAGGAUGGGUCCACCCAUAGUGCUAACAACCCUGUCUCAGAGAAUGAGGCCGACUCAGCUCCUAGCACCAGCAACCAUGUGGCCAUCACCAGGAGCCGGAAAGAGAACUCGGCCAAUUCUGGGAAGGAUUGUAGCCGGGAGGAGAAAGCUGAAGCAGAGCAACCAGCUGAGCCCAGCCACAACACCCCCAAGGAGCAGGUGCCUCCAGGUGAAACAGACCCCCAGAGCCCAGCGGCCCUUGUACAGGACUUGCUGGAGCUGUGCACCAAGAGGCCUGCCCCAAUCCUGGCAGCCACCGACAGUGCCUCGCAGCUCGUGGGGAUGGAAUGACAGCUUGCCCUGUCCCCGUCCAUCAUCGCACAGACACAGCUAGCAGAGCCUCCCGAUUAUAGAUUUCACAAGGUUUUCUCAGUGUCCUUCAGCUGUCUGGAAAGAGGAAAGAGGGCAAGACAGACAGGCAGUGCGGCCAACCAGCUCGUGCCAUAGCCUUACCCAGUGCGCAUGCACCCUGCCCCAGUGCCUUAACUACUUACGGGUCCUCCCAUGUCAUUGUGGGUGUGUCCCCGCCCCCAAUGGCGUUUUAACAAAGAUUUUAAUGAAUUGUUGGGAGACCUCUUCGUUUAAGCAUUAACAUUACCUUUUGUAUUGGUGUGUUGGAGCUUGUUUUUGUGAACCUGUGAUAGUACUGUUUGUUCUGUGAGCUGGAAACAGAAGAAGACAGCCUAGCCCUCGGAUCCCCAUAGCCAAUAACUGGAAGAAAAUGAUGUGAAUUUCCUGUCCAUGACCAGAGGGAAGAGGGUAGGAGGCUGAUUUCUAAGCUAGACCUUUUUUCUCUGGGUCACCUGGUGGAGGAGCCGUGAGCUGGUCUUUGUUGUUAGUGGAUAUGGUUGAGACAGAGUUCCAGUGCGGUGUGAGCCAAAGCCAGGAAUGAUUCUAGCUUCAACCUCACAUGUCUCCACUCUCCAUGUUAGAAAUGGUUACUGUUCAAAUUCUGAAUUUACAGAGAAUGACCUCCUCAACAGCGUAACCAAUGGAGGACAUGCCUGGAUGUCAUAUAUUGAUUUUUUUUCCCUUCUCCCCAUUUGGUAUAUUUUAUUAUUAUUAAUAUUAUUAUUAUUAUUAUUAGUUCAUCAGUUUGCUGGGCUCUGCAUUCAGCAGAAACAAAUGGGCAAUAUUUGUCCUGGGAGACCUGUACUGCCGCCUGGUCCCCGCAUAAUGUGUGCCUGAAGCUUUUGUUGGCACACCAGUGAGAUGGCUCUUCUACUGUAUUCAUACAAGCCUUUCUUCCAUGACCAGAGAGGCCAGCAGGGGCCAGGAGUGGUCCUCCAAGCGUGGCUAAGGAGUGGAUCAGAGGGGACAAGGAUGCACGUGUGUUGGGGAACAGGCAUCCGAGAUACCAGGCCACACCUGGGGCACCUCAGAGAUAGCUUGCAAGGCAUCCCUGUCUUCCUGCUGAGCCGGGUCCAAGCCUUUCCCCAUUUCCCCAGCUGUGCUACUGUCAUUUGAAAAGCAAUGAGAUACUACUGCUGGUGAUGAACUGAACUACGUGUGCAAGGUUUAGACCAGGGAGCUGUAUUCCUGCACCUUCCUGCAGUUGUGGGGUUGCUGCUUGGAGAGAGCAGCGCUUUUGAUUUCCUAACUGGCCAAUCCCCUGGUGCACAAAGGCAGGGUUCCUUUUAUCCCUGAGUGUCCUAUACAGGCAGUAGAUGUCCCUCAGCAGAAAGAAACCGCUCCUACUGUAGCUGACCACUGUUCAGCGCCCUGUCCUUUAGCGGAGACCCGAGGAUGCCUGAGCCACACUGCUACUAGAGUUUCUGUGCUUGUCCCUAGCCUGCAGAGCCUUGGGACCUCCCUAGGGGGGUCUUCCUCUGCUUCACCUGUUCCCCUCACUCUGUGGCUUCAUAUGCUCCUCUGUCCCGGAGACACGCAUACCCUUUUGUCCACCGGUUUCUAGUGGCUGAUAUCCAACCACCCUGACUUUAAUGGAAGACAGCUAUUCUAGAGAUAAUGAAAAGUGAUAUAUUUGCAUAUAAAAGAAAAAUGUUGAGGUAUAUAUGAUUUUUUUUUUAACUGUACUAGGGAUGUAUGAACCAGUUUAAAAUUGAGAUUUUAUUUACAGUAGAGAAAGAAAUCAGAACCAAUGACCCCAUGGUCUUCUAAGUUAAAGCCAGCUCCUGCAUCCCUUAGUUUUUUAUUAUUAUUACAACUGUUAUUUUCAUUGUUAUUAUUGGGGUUUCUUGUGUUUUGUUUUUCUUUGCAACUCUCCACACUAAACUUAUGAUCUUGUGGGGAGAAGCCAUGACUGAACUCUACGCUGCAGUAAGAUGUAGCAGGGAUUGGCUCCCGGCAGCAGCCAUAGCCAGGGCUGCAGCUCGCAAUAAUCACUAUUGAUUUAAAGCUUUAUUUAGUCUGAUCUGUUCCUUCAUAGUCAAUAAGGUCUUGCCACAUUUUAUUAGUGAGAUUGAGAGAUGUAUUAUUUGUUUGUUGUCCUGCCCGCCUUCCUCCCCACAUAUUAAACUGUGAAAUUUGUGAUUUGUUUAAACGCUGGGUGAAUCAUAGUUUAGUUUGCAUGUCCAGCUAAUUUGUUUCUAUACAUUUUGUUUGAUUCUCUUUCUCCUCAGGGCUUUUACAAAUAUAUAUAUAUUAUAUAUGUAUAUAUAUAUAUAUGGAUCGUCUGAAAUUUUUGAGGUGCAAAUUUUUUCUUGGUUUUUUUUUUUUUUGUUGUUGUUUUUGUUUUUGUUUUUCUCAUUAAUGGACACAAUGCUGAGAUUCAAUCACUACAUAAAAUACCUGGCUGUGAAAACAAAACAAAAAGACCCCGUGGGGCUGUUUUCCAAGCAGCUCUGGGGAAGGUCGGUGAGUUGGAUGCCGAUUUCAAAUAGAUCAUCCUACGUUCGUCUUUUUCCUCUUCUCUCUUUCCUCAAGAAGUUGAUCCUGAUGAUUUCAGCCCAUGCAUUAAACAGGAAACAAUAAUAACUGUAGAAUUCAUAUUUUUCUAAAGGGAACUUAAAAACUGCUGCUACAUGUCAUAUACAAAACUGGUUUAUGCCACAUGAACAGAAUCACAAGUUUGGUUUUGGUACUUUUUGUUUCUCUUUGUACUCAGUUGUAUAGAACUUCCAAAUUCAGAAUGAAAAUAAAGCUGUUCUGUAUCAAACCAUCUAAGCAAUAAAUGUUAUAUUUAAAAAAUGG